CUGCGACCUUGGCGGUCCGGCUCCGUGUCUCAUAGCGCGCCGCCGUAUACCUACCUAAUGUAGACGUAUGUGUAUACAUACACACAGAUACGAUACAUGCACGCGAUCGUUGCCUUGUGUGCGUACUAAGUAGAUGGUGCGCGAUACACUUGCACUGGCACUCUCGUUCCUCCGUCUAUGCCUACUACGCGUACCCCGCCAGGGGUCCAAACGGGAUCGCAACCUCCGGAGCGCAAAUAUGGGCCGAGAUCACCCCGAAUUCGAUUCCUAUGCGCCUCCUAUUCCCUGCCUCGUCCUCGAGGACGGACCGUACCAGGGGAGCAGCACGACUACGGCCUGGCCCGUGGGCUCGGCGUUCGAGUAUCUCCGGGGUCAAGGAUCGCGGCGAUGUGUACGUCGGCAUUGGGCGAAUAUUAUCAGGAGGUCCCGCCCCGGGAGCGCGUCGCAUCGCGACCCGGAAGGCCUCAUCGUUAAUGUAGGUAGGUAUAUAAGACCAGAGCUUGGAUCGCAGUUUCACCCUGUGGGAGGAAGAUCAGCGCGAGAUGGAUACCACUUCGCCCGGUUGUGCUCGUUGGGCGAUUGCGUCGGGGCAGCUCCCGAUACUCAUACCCCCGACUCGAGUUCGGCAACCCCUCUAGGAGGUAUCGUCGAUAUCCGAGAGUCCUCGAUCUAUUCUCUGCUAAUCUGCUUCCCGGCAAUGUCCCCGCAGGCCCUCUGCCGCCGACUCCUGAGUCCCUCUUCGAGGCGUCUAGCUUCCGAAAAGCUUCCCGCCCGAAUCUCCAAGCUGUCGAGUGGAGGUCACGCCUGUCCCGCCUCGAACCCAGCAUAGGUACAUGGUGGCGUUCUACACGUUCGCUAAGGAUAACCCUGGAACCGCUCCUCCGAGCUGCCUAGGCGGGGUAAGACGGCUGCCUGUCGUAAACGAGGCUCAGCUUUCGCUCGAGAGAAGUCGAAAUAACUAGGUAGGUAACUAAACACUUCAGACGCGUUGAAGCAGACGAUGGCAGGCAGGUCUCAGCUUCUAGCACUGCUAUCUGAGGCUAAAUGGCCCGGCGUCC